CCCGACCGAUCAACAACUGGUUGGUCAUUACUUGAAGCGGAAGAGGCAUGGUGAUCCUAUCGACGGCUCCGACAUCAUUGAGGUUAUUAAAUUCUGCAAUUAUAACCCUUGGGAUCUAGCUGGUCUGUCCAAGAAUAAAUCCACCGAUAAAGUAUGGUUUUUCUUUUAUCUUCGCGAGUACCGCAAUAAUAGUGGACUGGCUAAGCGAAAGGCGGGGAAUGGAUACUGGAAAAUCACCGGUGAUCCUCGCUCAGUCACUCAGGAAGGGAGUGAUGAGGAGAUAGGAACUAAGAGAAUUUUAGUUUUCCAUAAUCCUGACGCGACUCACUGGGUCAUGCACGAGUAUGAGUACACUGCAGAACUCAACUCGCCUAUUCAGGGUAACUAUGUUCUUUGCAAAUUGAAGAAGAAGCCAAAUGAGAAGAAAAAAACAGUUAAGAGGUCGAAGAAAGUGGAACCAAUUUGCAAGAAGCCAAGAGCACAAAAGAAGGCAAGAAAAGGCGAAUCAGCUUCAGUUUCAGCUUCUGCUUCUGAAAAUAAAUUAUCGGAGGGGAUCAGGGCUUAUUCAGCCUAUGGUGAAGGUGAACCUAGCAAUAGCAAUCAUAUGAUUUCUGAUUUGUCAAAUCAAAAUUCAAAAAAGAUGGCUGCUAUUGCAACCAAUGACAAAGGUGAAGCAAGUAACCUUGAGGCUUUAGAUUAUGACAAUCAAAGUCUCUGUGAGGUUAUUUCUAUCUCAACCUGCAACACAGGGGAAACAAGCAGCUUAAUAGCUUCUACUUUGGGGAAUCAGAAAUUUUCCCAGAUGACUGACGUUUCAUCCUAUAAGGAGGGUGAAACGAUAUGCUUGAUGGCAUCUGAUAUAGAAAAUUAUAUCCUAUUAAGGAGGAUAACUACUGUUGUCAUCAAAAUAACAAAGGUGAAAGCCAAGUCCCUUCUGACUAAUGAAAAUUUUCAAAAUGAAAACUCAAACGAAAUGGCUGAAGAGUCAUUUCCUUUUCAAACCCAAAACUCAAAUGAAAUGGCUAAUGAAAAUGAGAACUCAAACGAAAUGGCUAAACAGUCACUUCAUUUUCAAAAUGAAAACUCAAACGAAAUGGCUGAAGAGUCAUUUCCUUUUCAAACCCAAAACUCAAAUGAAAUGGCUAAUGAAAAUGAGAACUCAAACGAAAUGGCUAAACAGUCACUUCAUUUUCAAAAUGAAAACUCAAACGAAAUGGCUAAUGAGUCAUUUCAGUUUCAAAAUCAAAACUCAAACGAAAUGGCUAAAGAUUCAUUUCCUUUUCAAAGCCAAAACCCAAAUGAAAUGCCUAAAGAAUCAUUUUAUGAGAAAGGCAAACCAAGUAACCUUGAUCCUUUGGAUUUAAAGAAUCAAAAUCCUAGUAAGAGCAGCAACAAAUCAGCUUCUACAAAAGGUGUGUGGAGUUCCCUCUCGGAAACACCUUCCGAUUUUGAUAAUCAAAAUCAACCUGAGAAGACUGAUGUGUCACCCCUCAAAUAUUAUCCAAGUUCCUAUAUGGCUUAUAAUGCUGGAGAAACAUCUCAAGCAGAGCAAAGUCAGUAUAAGGUUCCAGUUAUUCUGAACCCCUUGAUGAAUUUUAAUUCCCAAGAAUUAAUGUUACAAAACCAAUAUAGCUCAAUCCUUGAAGAUUCCUGGACUUUUUCUGGAAGAAGAGAAAAUACAUUUUCUGAGAUAGAUAUCCAACUGUGGGAAGACUGGCUAAAGCAGUAUACAGCAUAAUAUACUAGAACUGGAGACUUGGUAUGAUGUAGGUAUUAGAAGUUGAAAGGGUAGAGGUGGACUGGGUGAGAGGUUAGAACCCAUAAGAUGAAAAUAUAUGAUAUGGGCUUACUUGGGCUUAGGCCAACCAUUGUUAAAAGAUUAGUACUAACCGAUUAGCUAGCUAACUUAGCACCCU